AUGGACGCUCUCACGCGCAAGCACGUCCCCGAGGACGUCGGCCUCCGGAACACCGGCGAAGUGGAGGACGAGGGAGCCGGGGGCCAGGCCCAGCUGCACCGCGACGAGAAGCAGCACAAGCCGGUGCUGACGAAGGUGAAGGAGAGGAUGAAGAAGAUCAAGAACACCCUCGCCGGCCACGGCCACGGCCACGACGGUGAGCACGGCGGCGGCGACGAGCGCAUGGGGGACGCAGGCACCGGCACCGGCCGCGGCAGCAGCAGCAGCAGCGAGGAGGCGGAGGAGGACGCGGUGGAGAAGGGCGGCUACAUGGAGGACGUCGAGGACAAGCCCGUCGUCAUGGAGUCCGACCCCGAGGUGCACGGCGCGCCAAUGUACGACUCGGCGAGGGCACCGGCCGUGCAUGACCUCGUCGCCAAGUACGAUCAGCCGGCGCGCACACCGGCCGUGCAGGAGGUGGAGGGCGACGGCGCCGAACCUAGGGUGCGGCCUGGUGAUAUCGGCGGCCCCGUCGUCGAGGAUCCGGCCGCACCGCGCUCCACGACGCCCGCCGCGCGAGAGGGUGAGGACAUAGGCACGACGCCCGUGGUGCAGCAAUUCGAGACGAUGAGUUUGUCCGACGACCCGGCGCACGUGGGCGCGGGCAAGAAGGGCGCCAAGGUAGAGGCGGACACGGUGGGCGGCGCGGCCGGUGGCGCUAGCUACACGGACAGGCUCAAGAACGCGGCCGCCAGCAGCACGGAGUACGGCAAGAAGCUAGCGAGCACGAUGUACGAGAAGGUCGCCAGCGUCGGCACCGCUGUGGGCGUGGGGAAGCGCGACGACGAACAACGCACGGAGGCGGUGCCGGCGUCGAACACCGCCGGCGCGGAGGAGUGGAGAGACGCCCCCGAGGCCACGGACACGGACACGACGAGAGGCGCCGGGUACACGGACAAGAUCAAGUCGGCGGCCGCGGGCACCACUGGGUACGGCAAGCAGCUGGCGUCCACCGUGUACGCCGGCGUCAGCACCGCCGUCGCGCCCAACCUCCGUCCGCAGGAGAGCUCGGCGAAGGCGGAAGGCGCACACAGCGAGGCAAUGCCGGUGUCGGACACCGGCGCUGAGGAGUGGAAGGACGCCCCAGCUGCCACGAACGCGACCAACACCGCGUCGGGGCCGGAGGGCUAUACGGACAAGAUCAAGUCCGCGGCUGCUGGCACCACGGAGUACGGAAAGCAGCUGGCGAGCACCGUGUACGAGAAGGUCGCCGGCGUCGGCACCGCCGUGGCGGGCAAGGUCCAGCAGGCCACGCAGUCUGCCGGCACGGCGACGCCCGGGCCCGGCGUGCAGCAGGACACGGCCACCCCCGGCGCCGGCGGGCAGGACAAGGGGCUGACCGUCACGGGGUACAUCGCCGAGAAGCUCCGUCCGGGUGACGAGGACCGCGCGCUCAGCGAGGCGAUCUCUGGCGCCGUGAAGCGGCGCAAGGAGGACGUCGGGGGCACGGUAGCGCAGCGCGUGCCGGCGCCCGGUCAGGUGAUCACCAAAGCGCGCGAUGCCGUCACGUCGCUCACCGGCGGGAACCGGGUCUCCGAGACCGUACAGCCAACCACAGCCACAGGGUACCAACACGGCACGAGCAUGUACAACCUCGUCAUGAAGGUUUUCGCCGAGUGUGGGGAGGUCAAGGCGAUGUGGCGGCUGUUUGAGGAGAUGACGGAGAAGGGGUUGCCUGUCUCUUCCCGGACGUUCCACCUCUUGAUAUGUGCAUCUGGGAAGGUUGGGUUGAGGCGGAGGCUGGUGGAGAGGUUCAUCAAGUCGAGUACUUUCAACUACCGCCCAUUCAGAAAUGCGUUUAAUGCAAUAUUGCACACACUUCUGACCAUAGAGCAGUACUCGCUGAUUGAGUGGGUUCACGAGAAAAUGAUCCUUGAGGGGUACUCACCUGAUGUCUUGACACACAAUGUGGUGAUGCGUGCAAAGUAUAUGCUCGGGAAGUUGGAUCAAUUCCAUCGGUUACUUGAUGAGAUGGGAACAAAUGGGCUUACGCCGGACCUCCAUACUUACAAUCUGUUGCUUCAUGUGCUUGGUAAGGGAGACAAACCCCUCGCAGCUCUCAAUUUGCUGAACUAUAUGAGUGAUGUUGGGUGUGUGUGCCAAAUGUGCUCCAUUUCACAAAUUUGA